AUGAUAAGAGCACUCGCAAGGGGGGCUACUAUUCCAAGAAGCUUCCAUUAUAUUCAAUACUAUCAGAAGAGAAAUCUCCUCACCCAUGGUCUGAAGAAGAAGCAUAUCCCACCUUAUAAAACGAUAUUAGCAUUAGGUGCGGGUGCGUUUAUCUCUGGCCUUUUCAUGCUGCAAAAAGAUUCCAUAACGAAUGACGCUGGACCCAUUGAAAAUAGUGAGAGCUCAGUUGAGGUUGAUAAGUCCGUUUCACCCUUCACUGUUGUUUUGUCCCCUCCUGAAACUCUUUUAACCACGAAGUACACACUGUUGGGGUUUGGGCCACGAUCUGUCACGUUCUUGGGAUUCAAGGUCUAUGCGCUCGGCAUUUAUGUUGCUAAUGAAGAUCUACCUCUCAUACCGAAAAUUUUGAAUCCAACUUAUUUGUGCAAGGCCUUUUUAGACACCGACAGUGCGAAGUCACACUCAGAAAAUGUUGGGGCCGCUCUCAAAGACGCAACUAAAUCAAGAGUUCUUGUUGGCAGCCUCAUCGACGGAGGUGUUAGAUUUAUGGCUAAAAUAACUCCCAUCAGAAAUACCGACUUCAACCACUUGAAAGAUGGGCUUGUAAAGUCCAUUUUGAAUCACCCAGAAUGCCAAAAAAAUCAAGAAGCAGUUUCUCGCGGCCUACAAGAACUGAAAAAUGCAUUUACAAGAAAAGGCUCUGUCCCAAAAAAUGAUGACUUGAUUAUCGAGCUACAAGCAAAUGGAUCGCUCCAACUCUCUUACAGGUCUCGCAAACAAAACGAGUGCAUGAUGUUGGGACGAGUUGACGAGCCUUUGAUAGGAAAAUUUUUGUUUAGCCAGUACUUGGGUGGCGAUAAACCACUAAGUCCUCCAACAAGAGAGACUUUCGCGCAGAAGGUCAAAACUCUAGUAUAA